AUGAUUCCGAGGCUCAAUUGCCAAAGCGGUUCAGGCUCUGAGCUCAAGUCGGCGCCGUCUUGUUUGGUGUUGUUCAACCGCUUCGGCACCGAGGAUGGCCAAAGCUUGGGUCAUGCGCCCGGUCGUUCUAACCCCGGCCAGCCCGGCUUCGGCUUCUACUCCAACCAACACCUUCCCUUCACCGUCCUCCCCUUCACCGUCCUCUCCGCCGCCGGCGAAGCGUUGAUCGCACAGCCUGGCGCGUAG